AUGGAUAAUAAUAAUAAUGAUUGUAAUAAUAACAAUAAUAAAAAGAGAGAGAGGGAAAAUGAAGAUGAAUUUUUAAAUGAUACAAUAAUAGAUAAUAAUAAAAAUACUAUAAAUAAAAAUAGUUAUAUCAGUGAUAUUUGUCACGAUACAAAUAAUAAUAGCAAUAACAAUAAUAACAACAACAAUAGUAACAAUAAUACAAAUUAUAGCAGUGGUAAUAAUAAUAAUUUAAAAAGAAAUGAAGAUUAUUUAAUUGUUCAAGAAAAAGAAGAAUUGGGUCCAAAUUCCUUUAUUAAUAAAGAUCAAACAAAAUUAAUAAUAACCGACAGUAUAGAUCCAACAGAAUAUUUGUUUUGGAGGGUUUUUAGAAACAAAUUCAUACUUAAAAAUAUUUUUGAAAAUUUCACAAUGAAGUGUAUUGCAAGUUAUGAAGAUUUAUUUUGUGUAGAUAGAAUUUUAAACAAAUAUACAAAUGCAAUCGAAAUAAUCAAAGAUAAAAUAAAGAGUGACAGUUUCUUUAUAAAAAAUGACAAGGAUUUUUGUUUGCUUCUAUUAAACUUUUCAAAGAAAAAACAAGAGACUUCUAAUUACUACAAGAUAUUAUUUACAAAAUAUUCAUCACCAGAGGUUUCGUCACUAGAACUUAAUAACUAUAGUAAAUGGAUACCUCUAUUAUAUCAAAGUAGAAAUAUAGUGGCAUUUAAACUAUAUAUUCAACAUUUCAACAUUGAUAUAGACUCUAUCAGAGCUUCAAUGGAAUCAUCAAAAAUAAAUAUAAUCAAUCCUAUUAAUUUUGAAGUAUAUUACAAACGUUUAAAAAUAUAUCACCACAUAAUCCACAAUAAUUAUUUAACACAAGAGCUACCCAAUGUAGAGUAUAUUGCCCAAAACUGCUUCCCCUAUACAUUAAAGUUUAGAAAGCUUUUAAAAUAUUUAUUAUUGGUGUCUAGUUUAUCAACAAAAAUUAUUCAAAGCGAUACAAAAAUAAAUAGUUUAAUAACGGAAAUUAAAAAUAUAGAGGUUGAAUCAUUGUAUACAAAGGAUCAACUAAAUCUGACAGUUAGAGAUAUAAUAUCAACGUCCAGCUUUGAAAAUAAUAGUAAUAGUUGUAGCAUUGACAGUAAUAAUAGUAAUAGUAAAAAUAAUUUAAAAAUAAUAAUCAAUAAAAUUAUCAAAACAAUAUUAUUAAUAAGUAAAAGAAAUUCAAAAGAUGAAAAGAAAUUUAAAAAGCCAAUGGAAUACUACCUAUCAUUUAAAAGUAAAGAAAAGUUUCAAAGAGUGUGUAUUGAAAGACGUUUUGAUAUUUUCAGCUAUUUUGAAGAGUUGUUAUAUAGUGGCAACAGACCAGCGCAGUUUGAAUUAAUAAACAAAUAUCACAAAGAGUGCUAUUUCAACUUUUUGGACUUUUAUCUUAAAGCAAUUUUAUCGACCAAUGACCUGGAGCUCAUAGGGUAUUUCUAUACAAAGUUUUCAUUGCCAGAGAUCUUUUCAAGAGGCGGUUUCAGUCAAAUUGUAACAAUAUUUGUAACGAUAAAAACUACACAACUGUUGGACUAUUACUACAACAGCCAUCAAGAUGUUAUAUUCAAAGAUUUAAAUUGCUAUUGGCAAUACAUCUCAAGCAUAUCAGUUUUAGAGCACUUUGAAAAGCUAAUGGAAGGUCUAGGUAGAAGGUUCGAGGUAACUCAUAAUAAAAAUAUGAUUAACGAUAACAAAAUACUGGCAGAUAUCUUUUAUAGAGUGGCACAGAAUCCAAAGCUAUAUCAUAUCGGUGAUUUUUUCAACAUUGCUGGUUUUUAUAAACAAAUUAUAGGAUCAAGUAAUCCUGAUUCAUUGGUACCAUUCUUUUCAAGUUUCCCAAUGAACUAUUUAAAGGUUUCUGACUUUUUACACUAUAAUGUAAUGGAGUACACUCCCUAUAGAUACAUCAAAUUUAUUAGGUGGCUAUUUGCUUUUUUAGAUAAAAAUAUAAUUUUCAAAAGCUUCAAAGAAAAUAUUAGGAAUACUUCAAACUAUUACAAUAUAGCAUUGGUUUUCAAAGUAAUGGUAAAUAGUGGAAAUGUUAAUUCAUUCACGUCUAUGAGAGAGGCAUUAAGACCCAGAAAAAGAACGAAUAUUGAUCCAAUUACGGAAGGGCCAAAAGAUUCAAAUGAGCCAUCCAUAUUGGUUGAAGUGGAUGCUCAAGAUUUAUUAGUAUCUUUAUUUUUUAGUAACCGAACCGAAGAACUUUUUGAACUCUAUAAAUUAUUUCCCAAAGUUUUAUUUGAUGUUACUAGCUUUGAAAGAGUUUCAAGAUUUCUAGACCACUCCCAUCUCUACUAUUGCUCCGAAAGUUAUUUACAAACAUUUAUUUUUUACUGUCUAAAUGAUCUAAAUGAUGAAACCACAAAGAUGCUGUUCCAUUCACUCAAUAUUGCUGCAUAUAAAGGUUGUUUUACAAUUUUUAAAUUUAUAAUACAGAAUUAUGGUUAUAUUUUAAAAAUAAAACAUAUAAUAAUAACUAGCAAUAAAAAUAAUAACAAUACAAAUAAUGAUAAUAUAAAAAAAAAUAACCAAGAUAUUAUAAUGGAUGAUAAUAAUAACAAUACAAAUAAUAAUAAUAAUAAUAAUAAUAAUAAUAAUAAUAAUAAUAAUAAUAAUAAUGACAAAAGCAGUAUCUAUAAUAGUAGCGGUAGUAAUAAUGUUGUUACUACUAAGCAGAGUAUUUUUGAAGCUAAAUUAUUAUAUAUAUUAAUUGAAGCCUCAAUUAGCUUUAAUAACCACGAGCUAUGCCAUUUAUUAUGUAACUUUAUAAACCUACCAGAUUCAAAUAUACAAACUUUAAGAGAGCUUUCAAAUAAAAAACAAAAUAAAGUAUUUUAA